CAAAUCCAAAUCAACUCAAGAUGUCUUUCCAGAAGCCCGAGAAGGAGUUCGGCGAGGGCCCCAAGGUCCACAAGAUCCGCAUCACCCUCACCUCCCGCAAGGUUGCCUCCCUCGAGAAGGUCUGCCAGGAGCUGAUCGACCGUGCUCGCUCCAAGUCCCUGCAGGUCAAGGGCCCCGUCCGUCUGCCCACCAAGACCCUGACUAUCUCCACCCGUAAGACCCCCAACGGUGAAGGUUCCAAGACCUGGGACAAGUACGAGAUGCGCAUCCACAAGCGUCUCAUCGACCUCCUCGCCCCCACCGAGACCGUCAAGCAGAUCAUCAUCAACAUUGAGGCUGGUGUUGAGGUUGAGGUCACCAUUGCUGCUUAAAUGCACUAGUCCUGCAAUGGAGUCAGGGAGGGU